AUGAAUCACGAUGACGCGAUGUGGAACAUAAUGGGACAGACCUUCUGCUCAUUUAAGGUGAAAACACACGAUGAGAAGACGCGCUUCUGCCGCAAUCCGUAUAAUGUGACAGGUUUGUGUCAAAGAGGUGUUUGCCCGCUUUCCAACGCGCAGUAUGCAACGAUCAUUGAGCAUGAAGACGAGCUUUUUUUGUACAUUAAGACCGCAGAGCGUGCCCACCUACCACGUCGUCAGUGGGAAAAGGUUCGACUUGAUGCUAGUUUUCCACGUGCUUUGGCACAAGUUGAUGAGGAGUUGCAGUGGUGGGACCAGAAAAUUGUAAAUAAGGUAAAGGCGCGUCUGCUGCGGCUUAAGCAGUACAUUAUGCGUCGUCGUAAGAUGCUGCUAGAGCCCAAAGUGGAGUACGUCUCUGUUAAUAAGAGACAAGAAGACAAGCUGUUGCGCCGCGAGGAGAAGGCAGAGGCCGCGGCACGCUUAGAGCUGGAGGUCGAGAAGGAGCUGCUGGAACGACUGCGGAAGGGCACUUACGAUAGCGUUAUGAACUGUAGCCGCGAGGCUUUUGAGCGUGUACUGGACCAGGAGGAGGAUCGGGCGGAGUUUGAUGCCCUGGAGGAUGAGGAAGACGAGGAGUUCCCGGAAUUUGUCAUGGACGAGGAAGACGAGGACGAGGAGGAAGAGCCAAGCAAAACGACAGCUGGCUUACGCCCUAGCGGAAGAAGGCCGGUACGACGACAGCGUCUGGUCAUUGAAGAGGAGGUUGAGCACGAACAGCAGCAGAAACGCAGCCGGCUGGACGACCUGGACUGGUGA